CAAAAGCCAGGUUCACUGCCCUCAGGAGAACAAUCAAUCAUCCUCCGGUCUUUGAGAAGCUGUGGGUGCAAAAUCGUAAAUCGUCGAGUGGGCCGACACUGAGUACGGAGUGCGAGUGCUAGUUAGUACCAGGGCUGAAUUGUGGGCACCAACCAGCUGGAACAUAUUUGGCAGGCAGUGGCAGGUCACCGGGAAGCCGAGGUUCAUUUCAGUGAAUUGUCGACCUCCUUGGUUGCCCAGUGUCGUCAACCACAAUCCUUUGCCUCGAAGCCCCGUUACUGGCCGCGCAGGUGAUCGAUCUCGUCUCGAGCUUCAAAAACUCAUCAUUCUUCUUUCUCCCAAUCCUUUACCUCGACAACCUCCUCCCACCCAUCUUACCUCGUUUUCGAACCAAAUCCGCGUCUGUCCGAAAUGACCCCUCCUCGUGUCAUUGUUGUUGGCGGAGGCCUGUCCGGUCUCAGUGCCGCUCAUACCGUCUACCUGAACGGAGGUAACGUCCUUGUUUUGGACAAGAACAACUUCUUUGGUGGCAACUCCACGAAGGCCACCUCUGGUAUCAACGGCGCCCUCACCCGAACCCAGGUCGAUCUCGGCAUUCAAGAUAGUGUCAAACAAUUCUACGAGGAUACACUCAAGUCGGCCCGUGACAAGGCCAGACCAGAUCUGAUUCGAGUUCUCACAUACCAAUCCGCUGCGGCUGUUGAAUGGCUUCAGGAUGUCUUCAACCUCGACCUUACUCUUGUUUCUCGAUUGGGCGGUCACUCUUUCCCCCGAACGCACCGAGGACAUGAUGCAAAAUUCCCCGGUAUGGCCAUCACCUAUGCCCUGAUGCAGAGAUUGGAGGAACUCUGCGAAUCCGAACCCGAGAGAGUUCAGGUCAUCAAGAAGGCCAAAGUCACAUCUCUAAACACAGAGGGCAACCUGAUCACCGGUGUUACCUACGAAUAUGGCGGUGAGACGCACUCUGCAGACGGUGUAGUCGUUCUGGCUACUGGUGGAUACGCUGCGGACUUCACAGAGACUUCUCUUCUCAAGAAGCACAGACCAGACACGUUUAAUCUGUCAUCAACCAAUGGUACACACGCUACUGGUGACGGGCACAAGAUGUUGAUGGCAAUUGGCGCAAAUGACAUUGAUAUGGACAAGGUUCAAGUGCAUCCUACCGGCCUGGUAGACCCCAAGGAUCCCAACUCCAAGUGGAAGUUCUUGGCUGCUGAAGCCCUUCGAGGCGAAGGUGGUGUUCUUCUCAACAGCGAUGGCCAACGAUUCUGUGACGAUCUCGGCCACCGUGAUUACGUUUCCGGCAAGAUGUGGGAGGAGAAGGAGAAAGGAAAAUGGCCCAUCCGCCUGGUUCUCAACUCCAAGGCUUCAAAUGUCCUCGAUUUUCACACCCGACACUAUUCUGGCCGUGGUUUGAUGAAGAAGAUGACCGGCAAGGAGCUGGCCAAGGAGAUCGGCUGCGGUGAGGCUGCCCUGGAAAAGCAGUUCAAAGAGUACAACGCUAUUGCCAAGGGCGAAAAGAAGGAUCCUUGGGGAAAGAAAUACUUCCACAACAUGCCAAUGGACAUCAAUGACACUUUCCACGUUGCAUUGAUGGAGCCCGUCUUGCACUUCACUAUGGGUGGCAUGGAGAUCAACGACAAGGCCCAAGUGCUCAACAAGGAACACAAACCCUUCGAAGCCCUCUUCGCCUGCGGUGAACUUGCUGGCGGUGUUCACGGAGCUAACCGGCUCGGUGGUUCGUCGCUCUUGGGCUGUGUGGUCUACGGCCGUGUUGCUGGGGCAUCUGCGUCUCAAUACCUGUUCCACAAGCUUACCACCCAAGGAGGUGUCACCGGGGCUUCUCAGCGUCUAGGUCAAAUCUCGUUACACAUUGAUCCCAGCACUCCAGGGAAGAUCUCGGUUGAAUGGGGAAGUGGUGCUUCCUCAGGGUCCUCAGCGGGAGCCCAGACAAUCUCGCAGCAAGCCCAGAAGAGUGCCGCGCCGGUGAUGGACGGCGACAAGAGCCAAGAUCCAGCCAAGAAGAAAGAUGUCAACGAUAUCAGCAACUUCAAGGUCCCGGAUAAAGAGUACACUCUGGAAGAGGUUGCCAAACAUAAUAAGAAAGAUGAUCUGUGGAUCGCUGUCAAGGGUGUCGUGAUGGACGUCACCAACUGGCUUGAUGAGCAUCCAGGUGGUCCCCAAGCAUUGUUCAGCCACAUGGGCAAAGAUGCUACAGAAGAAUUCGAGAUGCUGCACGACGAUGAAGUGAUUCCGAAAUAUGCUGCCGACAUUGUCAUUGGCCGCGUCAAGGGUCAGGAAGUUCGACUGGAGUAUUAGGUCGCGUGAUCAGCUUCCCCUUGGGAAGUAUAUCUUUUGGGAAGACAGCAUGGAGUUGACCCUUGUAUCAUGAGCAGCUAUAGCAUCUGUAUGUCCUGAGAUAAAAAUAAAUCAAGCUGCCCUUGCGGAAAUCUUG